AUGACGACGGAGAGCCCGGUUAUGAUGAUGGGCGGAGGGAUGAGGGGGAACAUGGGAGGUCCAGGGGAGGGGCUGAGGGGCGGGAGCGGAAGCAAUCAUGGUAGCUCGCAGGAUCUGGAUGGAGUGAGUGAGUUGGGUCGUUUGCUGAAAGGGCGGACGAGGUUCGACAACAUUUUGAAUUCUGGACACGUACCGCAACGAAGUGGCAGUGCUCCUCCCAGCGUGGAGGGGUCGCUGGCAGCGAUGGGAGGGCUGUUCGACAUGCCGUCGAGCCCGAAAGGCGGGCACGGCGGUAGCCUGCAAGCAGGGGAGGAGGAGGGGUUGAAUUCGGAGGAAGCGCAGCGCGCAGAUCCCAAGUAUUUGGUGUAUUACUAUAGCAACAUCAACCUGAACCCGAGGCUGCCGCCACCGUUGAUAUCGUGGAACAACUACCGGUUGGCGCAUAGGUUGCCAUCGGGAAUGGGAGCUGGAGGAUUCGGGGACAAGAAGAAGCUACGGGGAUGGAUUGCGUUGAGGUUGGUGUUGGACGCGGGUGGGGGUGUUUUGGAGGAUGACUUGGGUGGGAUGGUUGGUUCAGCACUUGGGGGAGGAAGCGUAUCUUUCUCGAGUUCGGACGGACGGGGAGUGGGGCUGGGUCGAGCCGCGAGUGCAAGCGCUGCGGACUUUGCCCAGAUGACAAUGCAGAUGAGCAGGUCGGUGAGUGCGAGCACGGCGGAUUUCGAGACAGCCUUCCAGGGGCUGAGUGUGUCGGAUAUGCAAGGAUUGGCGGCGGCGCGGGAGGAAAGAGGGGUGCAGCAGCAGCAGCAGCAGCUGCUGCAACAGGAGCAACAGCAGGCGCGGCUGCAGCAACAGCAACAGACGCAGCGGCAGCAGCAGCAGCAGCGGGCUCAAAUAGCUGCACAGGCACAGGCACAGGCACAAGCUCAAGCCGCGCAGGCAGCGCAGGCGUUGGCAUAUUCACAAGCUUUGCAGCAGCAGCUGUAUUCGGGCGUGGAGUCUGGGUACCGGGGUCAGCCGAAGUUUGGUGUGGGUGGGAUGGGAGGUCAACAAGGUGGUGCAGCGGGGCUCCAGGCGAACCUGGGGGCGAAUACGAAUCCAGCGGCAGCGAAUAUGUAUGCUGCGGCUGCAGCGGCGGCCAUGUACAUGGCACAGCAGAAUCCGUACUACCCAAGCAUGAACUCCGCGAGCGUUUACGGUCCACAGUAUGGGCUGGGUGGAUACCCUAUGAAUCCUGCAAUGCUGGCCCCGAUGAUGGCGGGGUACUCGCCCCCGGUGUUCGAUCCCGCAACCGCAGCUGCCCUUGCGAGCAUGGGCGUGAGAGCGGGCGUCCCCGGAUCUCCUGCGCAGGCAGCGGUGGACAUGCAGAAUCUGUACAAGUAUGCAGGCGGAGCAUCGCCGCAGAUGCACGAUCCGCUAAGAACCAGCUGA